AUGUUUUCGCAGAAAGUGGAACAUUGGGCCGAAAGUGACGAUUCUGGCGACGUGGAGUUCCGUCGACGUAUCACUCACGGAGACAUCUGUGGCUGUGAUAGCCGACAUCAUCGCUGUUUACUGAGUCCGAACGACGUGCGAUCAUCAUCGUGGAACUGGCGACAAUACACCGACAAAUUUGAUCGUUUCACUGACUAUGCAGUACCAGACCUUAACCAGCUGUGGACUGACAAUGGUUAUGAUGUGUCACAGAGGAGUAGCAGCAGGAAACGACGCUGUCGCAGCUGCGAUCGGCAGCGAUACUGCUGUUGCGACUGCAUGUGUUGCAAUUACCGACAUGGGAUACCUCGACGGUGUGACGAGUGCUGGCGCACCCGGGAUGCUCCAGGUUACAACGACUACUUAUUUCAAAUGGCAGAAAAUCCGCGUUCAACUGUUCGAAUUGUACCAACAACUUUCGUCUCCUCAACGGCGGCCGCAAGCAAAGCCACCAGAUUCCUGGACACCAGAAAGCAAACCUACAGCGAAAAUGAUAAUGACAGAGAGGCCUAUCUCACAACCUACUACGGGCCAUUUUUGGCUCGCAAGAUCAGAAUUGGCGAUGCAAGCCAAAAGAUCGGCAUACGAAGCUGUCGGAGAGUGCAGGAAAGCUGUUCCUCGGAAAGAAAGUAUCUACGGGAAAUUCAAAAUGAUAGACCGCAAUACAGGGAAAUUCCAGUCCUCGAAAAGGUAAAGAGCAGCGAACCGGCGAAGCAGGGAACUGGAAGUGCAGCCGCGGCUCGGGAUCACUUCACCAGUCUCGGGAAACGUACACUAAGUGAAUUCGCAGAAAUACCGCUUACACCGGUGUCAAUCCCGCGAAUACUCAUUCGUGCUGAUUCGAGUCCCUCUCUAAAAACUGUUGAACCGGAUGUGCCAAAGAAAUUAAUUCGUGAUACUCCGGGUUUACAAGCGCAUCGGCGUGAAAGUGGACGUGAUACACUAAUGGAAGGUCUUGAGCUGCUGAGGUAUCACAAAGAGGAACAAGAGCGCAGUAAAUCAAUUUUAGUAAAGGGCAAAUAUGGUGACGUCAGCGAUAGUGACCGGGAAAUCAGGGCAAAAAAAAUCCCGAAAAUUGUGGCAGGCUCCCAGGAUGUUGCAGAAAAACGGCGUAAAUUUGCUGUCGAUGAAUCUGCAACUUACUGGAGUGAUAAAACACGAGAAUAUCGGCAUGAACUGGACGAAAAAAGACAAGAAACAAUGAAACUGUCACCGGACACCACGCAAACUCACUAUAGUUUACACGAAACUUCAGCUAAACCCCAAACAGAAGCAAAAAAAGUUGCCAUCGAUGAGUCUAAAGGAAGCAAUAGUGAGUCAAAAUUUAUCAUGGAAAUACGUCGCGCUCGAGAAGGAUUACGGAAGGUCUCAAAAGAAUCAGACGUGAUUGCAAGCUACGGGGGUAGACAGGACACUCAGAAAACUUCCGAUUUUGGAGGUAUGUUUUAUAAUAGUAAUGUUUAUCUUAGUUUGUAA